AUGAAUUACAACAAUGAUGACGACAUGUGGGAUUGGAGGUGCAAUGAGUAUAGUCUUGAAGAUAACACCAAUCUUGAUAUAUCUAAGUGCCUAUUUAAUGAAGAAGUCCCCAAUCAAGGUUUUUCUUACAUGUUGGAAGAUGAAACUACACCAGUAAAGGCUUGCGGAGAUUUGGCGUACCAUGUUAACCCAAUUACAGAAAAAUCGAGUAAGGAUCUGAGUCAAUACAAGGAGGCCUCCCUGCAAGUAAAACGACGUCGAAUGCUACAAUUUGAGCCUGGAGACCUGGACUUGCCAUUUUGCAAUGAGAGCAGUUCAUCCUUGUAUUUAAGAUCAAAGGAAUUAGAGGUGGAUCCUGUUGGAGAUGUAGCGUCUGAGAUGUCUGAAUGGGUUGCUGGAUUUGCAGAAGGCACGUCGGCAUCUGGUGAUGACAUACUUGAUCAUUCAUCUGAAGGGUGGCUCGCUGAUUGCUUUAAUGAUACUGAGAUGCAAUUCAGCACAGCGGACAUUAAUGCUUCUGGUGCAUCUGGUGUGCAAAUUAAUAUAACAGAACUUUGCGGUACAUCAGCGGUAACAAAUGCUGCUCCACAGAGGCCUGUUCGCACCCGGAGAAAUGUCGUUUUUAAAGGUAGAAAAUCAUACAUGCAGACUCCUCCCAAAUUAGCAUCUUCGGUUGUAUAUCCAUUUGCAUUCAUCAAACCUUGUGGUGUUCAUGGGGAUGUAACUCUAAAGGAUAUUAACCAACGGAUACUCAAUCCAACACCAAAACUGAAGCAAAACAAGGAAGACCUCGAGCCCCCUUAUCCUACAUCGGCAUUCUCUGGCAAGCCUGUGGUUGGGAAAACCAAGAUCAGGACUGAAGGUGGAAGCAUUACAAUCAUGAGAACAAAAGGGUGA